CUCAGGUGCUGAACAAGAAUCUAAACCAAUUCUAUCCAUCAUUUGUGCUGCCUGCAAGUUCGAACUAUGAACAGCAUGUCUACCGAGGCAUAUGAACAAAGGAUACACAAGUUAGAAAAACAGAGAGCAGAGCUUCUGGAAGUAAACAAACAGUGGGACCAACAAUUUAGGAAGAUGAAACAGCGUUAUGAAAACAAGAGAUACCAUGAUGCACUCAUAGCUCAGUUGCAAGAGACAAAAGAAGAAAAUCAGUUGUUAAGAAAGCAAAAUGCACUAUUCAACAGGAAAACAGAGAACUAUGAGAAUGAGAUCAGUCGACUUAAUAAGCGCAAGCAAUAA